GCGGCGGCGGCGGCGGCGGCGCCUGCGUAGAGCCGAGCGCGCCCUGCGGCUCGGUUCGCGGUGAAGGCGGUGCGAACAGCAAGGGGGCGGCGGAUGGCUCUGCGGGGCCUGGCAGGCUCGGGGCCCAGCUCCCGCGGGCCAUUAGAGGAGGCGGUGGCAGCGGCUGAGGAGCGCGAGGCGCCGGCCGUGGUGGCGGCAGGAGUCGCGCGGGAGGACGAUGAAGAGGACGAUGGCCGCGGCCGGGGCCUGCUGCGCUGGGACGGCUUCUCUGCCUGGCUGCACUGCGUGUGUGUGGUGGGCUUCGACCUGGAGCUGGGCCAGGCCGUGGAGGUAAUUUAUCCUCAACAUUCCAAACUUACUGAUAAAGAAAAAACCAAUAUUUGCUAUUUGUCUUUUCCAGAUUCAAAUUCAGGUUGUCUUGGAGAUACCCAGUUUUGUUUUAGAUUUCGACAGUCUUCUGGGAGGAGGGUGUCACUGCAUUGUCUCCUCGAUCAAUUUGACAAAGAUUUACCAGUUUACUUAAAGAAGGAUCCUGCUUAUUUUUAUGGAUAUGUGUAUUUCCGACAAAUUCGAGACAAGACUCUAAAAAGAGGCUAUUUUCAGAAGUCUUUGGUUUUGAUCAGCAAACUACCUUAUAUUCAUUUUUUUCACACUGUACUCAAGCAGAUAGCACCAGAGUAUUUUGAAAAGAACGAACCUUAUCUGGAAGCAGCUUGUAAUGAUGUUGAUCGAUGGCCUGCCCCAGUGCCAGGGAAAACAUUAUAUCUGCCUAUUACAGGGGUGGUAAUGAAGGUACGAAUUCCCACAUGUCAUGACAAGCCUGGGACAACUCAAAUAGUGCAGUUAACUCAGCAGGCAGACACACAUAUAUCUGUUGUAUUACCUACUGUUCAUGAGGUGGAUCUUUUCAGGUGUUUCUGCCCAGUUUUCCUUCACAGUCAGAUGCUUUGGGAGCUGGUGUUGUUGGGGGAGCCCCUUGUGGUCAUGGCACCGUCACCAUCGGAGUCUUCAGAGACUGUAUUGGCACUUGUUAACUGUAUUUCUCCACUGAAGUAUUUCAGUGAUUUCCGACCUUAUUUCACUAUUCAUGAUAGUGAAUUCAAAGAAUAUACUACCCGUACUCAAGCCCCGUUAUUAAAAUCCAUUAUUGUCAUCUGUUUUGAUCUUCAGAUUAUCCCCAAUUUGGCCAGUGAAAUUCCUAAGCAGGUUAAAGUGAAAAAAUUGAAGAACCUAAAGACUCUGGAUUCUAAACCUGGAGUUUAUACUUCUUAUAAGCCAUAUCUAAGUAGAGAUGACGAGAUCAUAAAACAAUUGCAGAAGGGUGUACAACAGAAACGCCCUUCUGAGGCUCAAAGUGUUAUUCUGCGACGCUAUUUCUUGGAACUGACACAAAGCUUUAUCAUUCCAUUAGAAAGGUAUGUGGCAAGCUUGAUGCCUUUGCAAAAAAGUAUUUCUCCAUGGAAGAGUCCACCCCAAUUAAGACAAUUCCUUCCAGAAGAAUUUAUGAAAACACUUGAAAAAACAGGACCUCAGUUGACCUCUAGAAUUAAAGGCGAUUGGAUUGGACUUUACCGGCAUUUUCUAAAAUCCCCAAAUUUUGAUGGUUGGUUCAAGACCCGGCGGAAGGAAAUGACCCAGAAAUUGGAGGCACUCCACCUAGAAGCUCUUUGUGAAGAGGAUUUACUUCUCUGGACCCAGAAGCACACAGAAGUAGAAACAGUAGACCUUGUAUUGAAGCUAAAAAAUAAGCUGUUGCAGGCUGAUCGAGAGCAUUUACCUGUGAAGCCCGACACUGUGGGAAAGUUACGGACACACAUAGAUGCCAUCAUCUCAGCCUUGCCCGAGGACCUACAAGGCAUACUGCUCAAAACAGGCAUGACAUGAUGUUUGCCAGGAUUUUCCAGCCCAAAAGGACUGCACCGUGAAGCAUACCAACAUUUCAACCAGACGCACAAAGGAGAUCUCCUGGAGUAGAACACAGCUGUAAAUGCUAGCUACAGGAUGGAAAGACUAUAUCAUGUAAACAGAGUUUUUUAAUGCAUUAUUUUUAAAAAUGGGUAUCUGUGGUGGUUCCACUUUAAUACAGAAACACCAAAAGGCAUUUUUAUAUUUUUAAUCAUGUUCUAAAGUGCUCUUAUGAGAGACCUGUGGGGCCAUCAGUAUAAGUGAUUCCAAACUGCAAUGCUGGCAUUGCAGAUAUUUUUUUAAAUUGGUGCUGUUUUGCCCAAUCAUGCUAAAACUCAGGGGGAUAUAAAAAUAACAUUCACACUGGCUAUCUUCUUAAGAAGGAAAAGACUGAACUCUCUGACUGUAGUUAGAAGUAAUUAAUGCUUUUUGUAGUGCCUUCUGUUGUCCUACAUGUUUCACAAAACCCAGCUGCUAGUCUUGAAGCUUUUUCUUAUCUUGAUUAUGAUACAUAAUUAUAUAAGGCAUUCUUUUGUGUAAUCAUUGUUUUAAAAUAAUGCAUUUCUUGCUUCCCAUCAUGUUUAUUAGUAGUGGCAUGGUAUUUUUUUCCGGCUGUCAUACAGGUUUCAUUUCAUUAUUUUCUAUACCAUUUUCAAAUUUAAUCUUAUCAGUUUCUCCAAAGGCAAGAAGGUAUCUAGUAUUAAUUAUGAAAGAGUUAAUUUCCUCUUACCUUUUACUAAUUGGGCCUAUUUAAGUUAAUAAUCUUGAAUUUUUUCAAAGACAUUCUAAUUAUAAACCUCAUAAUCAGCUAUUUUUUAAACUGAACUAUUCUUAUUUUAAAGGCAUUCAUAAACUUUUUAUGUGAUAGUCAUUUGAGUGAUUAUAAGAUUGGUUUUCAGCAUUAUUUGUUUGGUAGGGUUUUUUGCCCCCAAAUAGUUCUUAGAACACUUUUCCUACUGUUGUUUGACAUGGGAACUUUUGCCUGAAUCACUGUUAUAGCUAGUUUUUUGUUGUUUUUGUUUGUUUCUGUUUUGUUUAUACUACCUUGCCAAAAAUAGAAGAUUGUGGUUUGGUUUACUCUACCAAAGUUGUUUAGUUUGUGUUUGAAUAGGAGUGUCCUGCAGAAGCCACUAUUUAAAAUAGGCACACAUGACAUAGCACGUAUGUAAAUAGCUGUAUCUUGAAUUACCCUCUAAGUAACCAAAUUUAGUUGUGUUUGUAAAAGAAAUGGCUUUAGAAGCUAUCUUUUCUUUUCUGUUAGUAUAACUCUUAAGAGCACUCCAGACUCAAGAAAGACUCCUUGUGUUUGUAACUGUGGACUUAUACCCAAAUGUGCCCUUUUCUCAUAGAUACAGUCUCUUAAAGCAUACCUCAAAGUCAUAGAGAGAAUAUGGCAUUUGAAUGAAACCAUUUGCCACGGAUCGUAGGAGUUAUUUUGUGAAACAACAGUUGUCCUUAUGGAAAAGAGGCAACUACUUUUAUAUGCUAAAGUAUUUCAUAUCUUUUUGGGAAACCUUAUUUAGGUAUAAAUGGUCAUCUUAUUUUCAAAAAGGUGUAUUUUAAUAAUCUUACAAUUUAUAUGCAGUUUGUGUCCAGAAUUUGAAAGUUGUUAGUGUCAUAUCAAAGAUCUGUUAAAUUAUACCACUACAGGAUAUAUCAUUUCAAGUUUAUUUUGCACAGCUAAAGAGUAGCAGAGGGUGCCAAUUAGCAUAAUAAUGGUAUCUUCAUAUUUACUAUGUUUAACUAAAACCUAACAGAUAUUGAAAACCUUAUCAUGCUUAUCUGGUUUAUGAAUUUCAAAUUAUGUAGUUGAAAAAAAUAACUUAAAAUUACAAUGGGAACCUGAGAAAGACUGAUUAGUAACUUGAUUUUCAGAGUUAUCCUCUUUUUUUUGUUUGUUUGUUUUUUUGGUGAGGAGACCUUGUUAAGAUCUAAAACCUGCCAUUUGAUGUUUAUCUCCACCAGCAUCAGAAGGAAUCACUGCUUUCAGGGUGUUAUGUAAUGCCUAGUGCCUUCUGUUUUGAAUGAAAAAGAGAUUUUGUGAAGGCAUUUAUGGUCAUUACCAAAAACUGAAUUAAAAGGCCUUUGAAUUUAAAGCACUUGAA